UGUUGAUGUAUCUUGCGUCACUUCCUGCACGUGGUCUCGGCCCAAACUCCCGCCCGGAAUAGUCGCUUGUUAUUGUGUUGCUCACACUUAGCUGUCUGUUUAUUGUAUGCAAUACUUUCAACCAGGAUGGCAAAACGACAAGGCCACUCAGACCACGAUGGUAUGGUUGUCAGCAAGGAAGAACUCGAAAGGGCUUUUUGUGUGCUCGCUGGGAGCGACUCAGAAAACUGCUCCUAUUCCCGGGGCUAUGUGAAGAGACAGGCUGUGUUUGCCUGCAACACCUGCACCCCCAGUGCUGCGGAGCCUGCUGGGGUUUGUCUGGCCUGUGCCAAUAAAUGCCACGAUGGACAUGAUAUUUUUGAACUCUAUACAAAAAGAAAUUUUCGCUGUGAUUGUGGAAAUGGCAAGUUUCGGGGUUUUCGGUGCCAGCUAAUCCCUACUAAAGAUGAGGAAAACAUUAGAAAUCACUACAACCACAACUUCAGUGGCUGCUAUUGCACAUGUGACCGCCCGUAUCCGGACACAGACGAUCGGGUUGAUGAUGAGAUGAUCCAGUGUGUCAUCUGUGAGGACUGGUUUCAUACCAGGCACCUAGGCUGCAAUGUAGUGGAACCUGAGGAGCUACUAGAGAUGGUGUGUGAGCCCUGCAUGAAUAAGGCCCCUUUCUUGUGGAUGUAUGCUGCUUACUUUGCAGUGCCACCUGUGAUCAGUGUCAGUCAACCUAAGGAGGAGAUAGAGGUUGAUGUUGAGGAAGGAGGAGAGAAGGAAGAAGACUCUGAGCCCGGUCAAAGAGGGGACCAGGAGCCGUCCCCCGGUCAAAGAGGGGACCAGGAGCCGUCCCCCGGUCAAAGAGGGGAUCAGGAGCCGUCGCCCGGUCAAAGAGGGGAUCAGGAGCCGUCCCCCGGUCUUGAGCUUAUGAACCAGGAGACCCGGGAAGAAACAGGCAGCCCCGGAACAGCCACCACUGAAACUGCGAGCUGCAAGCUGAAGGAGCUGCAGGCCAAGGGUCCAGAGAGGCUGAGACAGGGAGCGGUGUUCUGGCCCUACAGUUGGCGCUCUAAGCUUUGCACCUGCACAAGCUGCAAGAAAGCAUACGUGGCGGCUGAGGUGCAGUUUCUUAUGGAUCAGCUGGACACCGUUGAGGCCUAUGAGAAGAGAGGCUUGGAUAAGCCAUUUGGGCAGCACCUGCUGAUGGCACUGACAAGCUCGAUGGACCAUGUACAGCAGCUGGAGGUCAUUUUCGGUAUCAGUGAGCUGACGACUUUGAUCAGUGAAUUUUUAAGCCAGUGUGUUGCUGAAGGAAAGACUGUCACAGUCGAAGCCGUACAUCAGUUCUUCGAGGAGCUGCAAGAUAGAAAAAGACGUAGAAUCAGUGCAGUAUACGAGUAAGAAGGAGGCCAUGCUGCUAGCAUCAUAUGCUGGGUUCAUAUGGUGUGCUAAAUGGAUGGGUCACCCGAUCCUGUUUUCUGUUGAAUAAAGGGCUUUUUGCUGCAACCCAUGUGGUCCUAGAACUUGAACUAUAUGUGCAAAGAGUACUGACUUCCAGUUAAGAUUUAUUUCUAAGGUGAAGGAUUUUGAGGUUUGAGGCUACUUUUAUGUCCAUUUCUUUUACAUCGUGUUUUCUAAACUAAAGAAUAAAAGCUAAUGUUGGUGUCUUUCAAAGUGCAAAAGCCCUUUUUUGAUCGUCU